AAUGCACCCAUUUUAGCCAGACCUUCUUCAGUAUCUCUGAGAGUUUGAGAAAAUGUGGUUCACGUUUGUUCUACUUCAUCUUCUGCCUCAAUUCGCCCUCGGUGCUCGUUGUCCCAAUCGGUGUUUUUGUGACAUUAGGGGUUCUGUAAUAUGCACAGGGGACAUCACCGACGUUCCUCCUCUCGACCCAAUAACAACCUUCCAACUCAUGCUAAAUGUCACAAACAUAAAGAUCCUCAAAGACCGAAGUUUCCAGCCGUUCUCUCUUCUGCAACGACUAAUGAUCACGAACAGCCCUCUUGACACCAUCCAACCAGAAGCCUUCCACGGUGCGCCACAGCUUCGGUCCAUCAAGCUCUCAUCGAACGCGCUCUCUGUCUUCCCACCAAAGGUGUUUAGUGAGCAGAGGAGCUUGGAGCAACUGCAGCUAGAUGAUAACCGAAUAACUUCCAUUAGUUCAGAUCUCUUUGAGGCGAUGGUCAACCUAACUGAACUAAAUCUGAGCAAGAACCGCAUCUCCCGGCUGGACGCCAACGUCUUCCAGGGUUUGACCAAGCUGAAUUCCUUAAACUUAGCUGAAAACCAACUGAGGAACCUCCCGAGGACCCUCUUCCACAAUCUUUUGCAACUCAGAAAUUUGGUGCUCUCAUCCAACCAGUUGGAGACCCUUGAAAGUGGUUCCUUUGACCAUCUAAGCAACCUGUUGAUGCUCAUGCUAUACAAGAACAAGAUCCGAGAGAUUCCUCCACGUCUUUUUUGGCCCUUGCCAUCCCUGUCCACCCUUUCAAUCUCUACAAACCAACUCCGGUAUAUUCCAGCCGAGAGCUUCUACUACUUGCCCAACUUGAUGAAGCUUACCAUCUACAAGAACCCCUUGACAUCUCUACCUUACCAACUAAUGGGACACAUGCCAAGGCUCAAGGAGCUGUACCUUUACGAAACCAAUCUAUCCACUGUCCCAUGGAACCUUUUUGCAAACAUGACCAAUCUAGUGACUCUCAAUUUACACUUCAACAACAAGUUGACCUCCCUCCCAAAGAACCUCUUCUGUUGUCUGCCCAAACUGACGAAACUGUCCCUGAAGUACAACAACCUUCAGGAACUAGACCCGGAGCUCUUCUCAAACUUGAUCAGCCUUCAAGGUCUGAUGCUUAAUGGGAACAAGCUUGAGUCGCUCCCAUCGGCAAUCUUUCGCAACACCUCAAGUCUAGAAAAACUAGACCUGAACAACAACCAUCUGAGGUAUCUCCCCGGAGAUGUUUUUUUACACGCGAUGGCGCUAAAAGAUCUCUCUCUUAGCGGCAACAAAUGGAAGUGCGAUUGUAGCAUCAUGGAUAUUGCCGAAUGGAUUCGCGAAAACCCUGAACUAAUCAGUGACUUGGACAAAGGAGUAACGUGCUAUGAACCGUCCCACUUAGAAAACCAUCCGCUGCAAACGCUCAGUUACGAGGAACUCCACUGUGGUGUUUUCCAGACCACAUUUAUAGCUACAAGUGCCAUUACGACUGGGGCUCCAACGACAACAACUAUGCAAACAUCUACAGCUACUACAAGCACAACGGCAACAAAAGCAGGGAAUGCAACUACAACUGCAACUACUUUUCCAACAGACGCCUCUCUACUUUCUCCAACACCUGAUCAUGUUUACGUGAAACAAAGCAAUGGUAACGACAACGGUCCGGCAUUCUACGAUACAAUCGUGUUGGAUAACGGACCUGAAAUUGUGCACAACAAUCAUUUCAAUGGCUGGGUGUACCUGUGGACUGUCCCGUCAACGGGUCCCUACAGUGGAUUCAUGAUGGCUUUGUACAUUGUUCUCUUGGUCAGUGGCGUAGUCCUGAUUGUGGUCACCUUGUAUGCUUUGUAUCGGCUUCAUAAGAUGAUUUUGCUUUCAGGAGAAGUCGCAAUGGGAGAAAAUCAGAGAAUAGUGACUAGAAGAUUGAAAGAGUGAAGAAGAAAAAAACUCUUAAAAACUUCUUCAGUUAGCAAAUUUCUAUUUGUUUUCACAUUAUAGUGCAUAUUUAAAUUUGUUUGAUUUGAUAUACAUUAGUGUUCCUGUGGCUCAGUGGUGACACAGUGCAAAAGGUUGUGGGUUCAAUUCCCAGGCAACGCAUGUUAGCCCGAAUGCAUUGUAAGUCCCUAUGGAUAAAAGCAUUUGCUAGUAUAAAUUGAAUUUAAUAUAUAUUUAGGAGGGAUAUAAAAUCCUGAGACCACUAAUCAAAAGCAUCUGUCUUGCAUUUUUCUCAUUUUAUGCAACGCAUUUCAUUACAAAUGAUGUUCAGCUCAACUUAUGUGACAAGCCUCCAAAUGUACAUAAUUGUUUUUGUAAGCAUUCAUUUCUUCUUUCAUAUUUUGUUACUUUUCUAAAUACACAAAUUUUCCUUUCUGCAAUUUCCACAUUCCAGUGCUUUACAUUCACAAAACUGAUAUGGACAACACCCUUGGUGGUUAUUUGCAAAGUGUAAGACCAAAAUAAAAUAUUUCUGUUCA